AUGGCCGCGCAAGUUGCGAAUGGCUCCGUUCAGUCCCCCACAGAACACCCGGCAGCCCGCCCCGGCAGCAGCGAUGGUGCGCAAGCAGCAUCCAAGGGCGUCUCACUAGCCGAUCUGCCAAAGUCAUGGACGUACACCUCCUCCCUGGUCCCGGACCCCCUAUUCCCCACCCCGGCAGACUCGCACAAGACGCCCCGUGACCAGAUCCUCCCGCGCCAGGUCCGCGGCGCCCUCUUCACCUGGGUGCGCCCGGAGGAGCAGAAGGACCCGGAGCUGCUGGCUGUGAGCCCCGCCGCGCUGCGUGACCUCGGCAUCGACCCGGAAGACGCCAAGUCCGAAGAAUUCCGGCAGACGGCCGCGGGCAACCGCCUACUGGGUUGGAACGAGGAGAAGCUCACGGGUGGCUAUCCCUGGGCGCAGUGCUACGGCGGCUUCCAGUUCGGCCAGUGGGCCGGCCAGCUCGGGGACGGGCGGGCGAUCAGCCUGUUCGAGACGACAAAUCCGGCCACGGGAGCCAAAUAUGAGGUCCAGCUCAAGGGCGCAGGCUUGACGCCGUAUAGCCGCUUUGCGGACGGGAAGGCGGUGCUGAGGAGCAGCAUUCGUGAGUUUGUCGUUUCCGAGGCUCUACACGCGCUCGGCAUUCCUACGACGAGAGCAUUGGCCUUGACGCUAUUGCCGCACAGUAAAGUCAGAAGAGAGACAAUCGAGCCAGGUGCCAUUGUUGUGAGGUUUGCGCAGAGCUGGAUUCGAUUAGGCAACUUUGACAUCCUCAGAGCAAGGGGUGAUCGGGAUCUAAUCAGGCAGCUUGCGUCAUAUGUGGCGGAGGAAGUUUAUGGGGGUUGGGAGAAUCUUCCAGGAAGGGUAGAGAAUCCCGAAGAGCCGAUCACAUCGCCUCCACCAGAGAAGGGCGUGAGAAAGGAGGAGAUUCAGGGGCCAGAGGACGCAGCCGAGAACAGAUUCGCCAGGCUCUAUCGCGAGGUAGUUAGGAGGAAUGCAGAGACGGUGGCAAAAUGGCAGGCGUAUGGCUUUAUGAACGGCGUCCUCAACACCGACAAUACCUCAAUCUACGGCUUAUCUAUAGACUUUGGGCCAUUUGCGUUCCUGGACAGCUUCGAUCCUUCUUAUACGCCAAAUCAUGACGAUCACAUGUUAAGAUACAGCUAUCGAAAUCAACCAUCGAUAAUCUGGUGGAAUCUGGUACGAUUCGGCGAGGCACUUGGAGAGCUUCUUGGCGCCGGUGCAGAGGUUGACUCGGAGAAAUUCAUAAAGGAAGGUGUAAAGGAAGACGAGGCAGACAUUCUUGUUGCCCGGGCCGAGAAGAUCAUCACCCAGACAGGCGAAGAAUACAAGGCCGUCUUCCUCACUGAAUACAAGCGACUUAUGACAGCACGUCUAGGCCUUAGGAAUUUCCGGGACUCGGACUUCGACGAGCUCUUCAGUAGCCUCUUAGAUACCAUGGAGGCAUUAGAAUUGGAUUUCAACAUCUUCUUCCGUAGGCUUAGCUCUGUCAAGAUUAGCGAUCUAGGCACGGAGGAGGCCAGACAGCAAAAGGCCGAAGUCUUUUUCUAUAAAGAUGGAGUCACUGGUAUCGGUGGUGAGGAAGAAGGACGCAAGCGAGUCGGAGAAUGGCUCGGAAAGUGGCAACGUAGAAUCUUGGAAGACUGGAGUGAGGAUGAAGGAAAGGGCAAGAGCAAGGUUGAAGACGGUACUAUCUCAGAGUCGAGAGAUCAAGAGAGAAUGCUUGCCAUGAAAAGGGUGAACCCGAGCUUCAUCCCCAGAGGUUGGAUCCUAGAUGAAGUGAUUCGGCGGGUGGAAAAGCAAGGAGAACGCGAUGUCCUGAGAAGAAUUGUCAACAUGGCUCUCCAUCCGUUUGAGGACAGAUGGGAUGGUCAAAAGUUUGACGGCGUCGAGUACAACGGCGAUGGGGAGGAAGAGGCUCGCUGGAUUGACGACGUCCCACGGACAGAGAGGGCUCUGCAGUGUAGCUGCAGUUCAUAG